GUCCUCCGCAAGUGUUUACUUAAAACUCUGCACCUCCUUCUCCUUGCGCAGACUCUUGUAGUUGUGUAGAAGAUCACAGGCGUGCGCUCCGCGGAAGACCUCACCGAACCAGUAGACGAACGCAGCCCUGUCUUGGUCUCGUCCGCACUGCAAACCUGCUAGACGCUACACUCCAACCACAACAACACCACCCUCGCCUCUCCGAAAUCCCUCCUACCCGCGCCUGUCGUAGAACCCAUUCGACUUCAAUUCACCAUGGCUGAAUUUGUGCGCGCCCAGAUCUUCGGCACGACGUUCGAAAUUACAAGCAGAUACACCGAUCUGCAGCCUGUGGGCAUGGGAGCCUUCGGUCUCGUCUGUUCGGCGAAGGAUCAGCUCACUAGCCAGGCCGUGGCGAUCAAGAAGAUUAUGAAGCCCUUCAGCACUCCGGUUCUGUCGAAGCGCACCUACCGCGAGUUGAAGCUCCUCAAGCACCUGAGGCACGAGAAUAUUAUCAGUUUGAGCGAUAUCUUCAUCUCCCCAUUGGAGGACAUUUACUUCGUCACCGAGUUGCUCGGAACCGAUCUCCACCGCCUGCUCACUUCCAGGCCGCUGGAGAAGCAGUUCAUCCAAUACUUCCUUUACCAGAUCCUUCGUGGUUUGAAAUAUGUCCACUCCGCUGGUGUCGUUCACCGUGACUUGAAACCCAGCAACAUCCUCGUAAACGAGAACUGUGAUCUGAAGAUCUGCGAUUUCGGCUUGGCCCGUAUACAAGAUCCCCAGAUGACCGGAUAUGUUUCCACCCGCUACUACCGCGCACCGGAGAUCAUGCUCACAUGGCAAAAGUACGAUGUUGAGGUCGAUAUCUGGAGUGCAGGUUGCAUCUUCGCAGAAAUGCUCGAGGGCAAGCCUUUGUUCCCUGGAAAGGACCACGUCAAUCAGUUCUCCAUCAUCACAGAACUCCUGGGUACUCCUCCGGAUGAUGUUAUCCAGACCAUUUGCAGCGAAAAUACAUUGCGAUUUGUGCAAUCUCUGCCCAAGCGCGAGCGCCAGCCUUUAGCCAACAAGUUCAGGAAUGCCGAAGCAGAAGCUAUUGACUUGCUCGAGAACAUGCUGGUCUUCGAUCCAAGGAAACGUGUACGAGCUGAGGAGGCUCUUGCUCACCCAUACCUCGCCCCCUACCACGACCCCACCGAUGAGCCGAAGGCAGAGGAGAAGUUCGAUUGGUCGUUCAACGAUGCUGACCUUCCGGUUGAUACUUGGAAGAUCAUGAUGUACUCGGAGAUUCUCGAUUACCACAACGUCGAUGCUGCUGCACAGGAGGAGCAGAAUGGCAGCUGAGAUACCCAGGAGACUCGAACGCGGAACCAACGCUGUGCUUGUAUGGCAUGAUCCACUUCUUCGAGAAGAAGCUCGCUUCAUUCGAAUCUGGUGUCGCGACCUGCCUCGCGCUGGC